CCACAUCAUCUCCGUACCUACUACACCAUAUCAUUUCUCCCAUUCUGUUCUACACUUUCUCUCCCAUCAAGACAGCCAUAACUUUCUCACACUUCAAUGCCUCGCAUACUCAAAGUCGCAGCCGCCCAAGUCGGCGCCGUCGACCGUGACGCCGAUCGCGCAGAAACACUCGCCCGCCUCAUCGCGUUACUGGACCAAGCGGCCUCCGAGAAAGUCCAACUAUUACUCUACCCAGAAGUAACAUUCACGACCUUUUUCCCCCGCCACCUUUUCACCUCCUCCUCUGAUCUAAACGCCUACUUCGAACACAACGACGACCUAACCACUUCCCCCUCCACCGCACCCCUAUUUUCCAAAGCCCAAAACUACGGUAUCGAUAUCGUGGUCGGGUUUGCGGAAAGAACGGAUGAGGGUAAAGGGUAUAACACAUGUGUUUAUUACUCCGCUGCUGUGGGGAAAGUGAUCAACAAGUAUAGAAAGGUGCAUCUGCCAGGAACGGUAGAGCCAUUCGAAGAUCCAGAGGCUGUUAAUCAACUGGAAAAACGCUAUUUCACGCCCGGUGAUUUGGGGUUUCCUGCGUUCAGAGCACCUGGUCUCCUGCCUACAUCCUCUGGUGAUCCGGUGUUGGGAAUGCUCAUCUGCAAUGACCGUCGCUGGCCAGAAGCCUGGCGCUCUUAUGCGCUUCAAGGUGCUGAGCUCCUGUUGAUCGGGUAUAACACCGUGGCCCACAGUCCUCAUCUCUGGGGUACCACUAAACCCAUGACGGAGGAGGAAGCGGAGAAAGAAGCAUUGUUUCAUUCACGUCUGGUCCAACAAUCGAAUUCCUACAUGAACAGUGUCUUCAGCAUCUCCUCCGCCCGCUGCGGCCUCGACGACGGUAAAUACAACCUAAUCGGCGGCUCGGCGAUAAUAAAUCCAGAAGGCCAUGUAGUCGCCGAAGCAAAAACCAAAGACGACGAACUAGUGGUUGCAGAAAUCGAUUUGGAAGAGUGUAGACAAGGCAGGGAAAAGACGUUUGAUUUCGGUAGACAUAGGAGGAUAGAGGCGUAUGGGAGGAUCGGGGCGCAGACUGGAGUUGUGGAGCCCGAGUUGUUGUAGUAGCUGGAUAUGAUCAUGCACGUGUAGUAAGGAAUAAAGAAUGCAGAG